AAAACAGAAGAAUCGGGUGGGAGGGAUAAGCCGGAGAAUUUAGGGAAGAGGCUAACUUCCGGUAGUCCUUCUUUCUUUUCUUCUUUUCCCCGCAGCCGUCAUCUAGAUUCGCAUUCUCAUUUGCCUUUCACUCUUUACAAUACUUGUACUACUGCGUACCAUAUCCUUGAAUUGAAUACCGUAGCGUGGAAAGCUAUGGAAAAAUGCGAGAUGACAGCCAGGAGGGAAAUUUUCGUGGGGAUCAUCGGGAUGGGGGAUAUGGGGAGGAUGUAUGCUAGGGUGAUUGCAGCAGCUGGUUGGAGGUUUGUUACUCAUUUUGUCCCCUUACCUUCCAAGUUUGCUUCCUUCCUCAUUCGAUUCUUUAUCGGAGCACCUCCCCCCUCUUUCUCUCUUUUCGGAUGAUGCUGAAGCUGAGCUUUGAAGUGUUAAUGCCUGCGACCGGGAGGACAAGUUCGAUGGCUUGAAGAAGGAGUUUGCUGGUAUGUGACCCGACUCCCCGUAGUUGAGAUGUCCAGGAGAGGAGUGGGGAAUGGCUCAGCAAGUAUCUGACGAUGGGGGAUUAGGGGUUGAGAAUAUACACGUCUAUGCAAAUGGCCGUUUGGUUUCCCGAAUUAGUGAUUAUAUCAUGUAUGCUGUUGAAGCGGAGCUACUUGAUACGGUUGUUGCUGCUUAUGGACCCUGUACCCGCCCUCCUCUUAAAGAACAGGGGGGGGAGCUGACUUUGACCACAGCAACAAAACUAGGUGCGAUAGUCGGUGGUCAAACAUCAUGCAAGGCUCCCGAGGUCAAGAUUUUCGAGAAACAUCUUCCCCCUGAUGUAGACAUUGUUUCGUGCCACUCUUUACAUGGCCCUACGGUUGACCCUGCCGGCCAGCCCUUGGUUUGUUCACCUUUCACGGAACCAUGUAUGGUCAAUUGACGUAUUAUAAAUCAUAGGUUAUCAUAAGGCACAAAGCGUCGGACAAAAGUUUCAAGCUUGUGGAGGAUAUUCUCUCCUGCUUUCAUUCCAAGCUGGUUUACCUGAGCGCGGAGGAGCAUGACACAAUCACGGCAGAUACACAGGCGGUCACACAUGCGGCGUUUCUCAGGUGCUCCCCGACAAAUCCUUUGUGUGGAAAGUAUCUAAUAAGAAGUUUAGCAUGGGAACGGCCUGGGCAGCAAACAACCAGUUCCCCUGGGAAGUAACUCGCUGGCAAGGCGGCAUAGAAAAUGUCAAGAUAAAUCUCACUUUAAGGAUCUACAGCAACAAGUGGCAUGUGUAUGCGGGUUUAGCAAUUCUCAAUCCUGCGGCCCAGCAACAGAUACGGCAAUAUGCUGCUUCGGCCACGGAGCUCUUCAAGUUGAUUUUGGAAGGAAAGAAGGAAGAACUGUCUAGAAGGAUACACUCUGCUGGGGAGUUUGUUUUUGGAAAGCAAAAGGAUCAAGAACUUUUGUUACGGGAUGAUAUCCUGGACAAGUUUAGUCUCAGCGGGGUGCCUCCGCAUGCACGAAAGCCGAACAGCCACCUGAGUCUGCUGGCAAUGGUGGAUUGCUGGCACAGAUGCAAUAUUGUGCCAUACGAUCAUAUUAUUUGCUCUACACCUGUGCGCUUUCCCUCUGUCUCACGCAUGCUUACGCAGUGUAAUCGCUUGUCGAGACUAAUCCUUCUUCCAAUAAUCGGAAAAUAGUUAUUCCGGCUCUGGCUCGGAGCAACAGAAUAUCUCUUCCGUCAACCCGACCUGCUCGACGAUUGCAUAGGUUUCGCCAUGGAGGAUGACACCUUUCGUUCUGACGAUCUAGAAUUCACACUUGCGGCCAGGGUAAGAUGAACACCAAAUCCUAAAUCUCCAUAUAAAUGUACCCUUUGCCGCCCCUCGCCCCCCGAAUUAACUAUCGUAAACUAAGCCAACUCUUUAUCCCCUAUCCUGUCAUCACCAUCCCUGGGGAAACAAAAUAUGACAAAAAAACUCCCAAAUACAAUUCACUCACUAACGGGGUGGAAUAAAAUAGGGCUGGAGUGACACGGUCAGUUUUGGUGAAUUCGAUGCAUAUAGAAGACGCUUUGAAAAGCCCCAGGAGUACUUUGGGCCACGCUUCGCGGAUGCAACGAAGGUGGGGAACGAGAUGAUUCGAACUAUCUUGGAGCGGACUAAGGAUAUGGAGAAGGCCCGAUCGAAGGAGUAGUGGCAUUGUUUCUGGUGUGUCUGUCGGGCUUGGUCGCUAUGCUUUUUUUUUACCUUUUUUUUUUUUACUUUGUGCUUGAGAUUGGAUGAAGAGGAGUGAAAGUGGAGACAAAAAAAAAAGAACAUCGAUACUGGUACCGUAUCGUA